UUCGCUGAAGGGCCCUUUGCGGUGGUUGAUGUGAGCGGUGGAGUGGUUGCGCGCGCACGCGGCGAGGUGGGAGGUGGGGCGGGGGGCAGGGCCCAGAGGGAGGAGGAGGAGAAAAAGCCUCCGGUUUCUGAGGCGGUGGCUUCAGCUGCGGAAGGACCACGGGAGGCCAAAAGGUGCUUCGCGGCGGCCCCGUCGCCCGCUAUCCGAGCGGGGUCCUGCCCCUGUGAAGCCGACCAGGAGAAUGUGUGUGUGUCCUGGGCCCAAGCGGAUUGUUUGAAGUCUUCCUUCAGUCUAAGAAGCCUUUCUCCAACUUAAGUGGCUCUUCCAUUGGAGGAAGAGUCACUUAGAGGAUGCUUGGAUCCACCCCACUGUGUGGACAUUUUAUUGCUGCGAUUCCAGUCAGAAGCCCCCGGUUGCCUUUGUUCUCUGAUGCAAUGCCAGCACCAACUCAGCUGUUGCUGCCAUUAAUCCGCAACUGUGAGAUUGGCAGGAUAUACAAUACUGCAUGUUACUGUCACCACAAACAUCUAUGUUGCUUGUCACCUCAUUUAACACACAAUCACUUAAAAUAUGCCCCACAGAAGAAGCUUGCAACGCUCUGCAGGUCCAAGGAGAACUUCACUCAGUUCAUUCAUGCCAGAAACUACGUCUCCACACCACAGAGAUUUUACCUCACCCCUCCACAAGUCAACAGCAUACUGAAGGCAAAUGAAUACAGCUUUAAAGUGCCAGAAUUUGAUGGCAAAAACUUAAGUUCUAUCCUUGGCUUUGAUAGCAACCAGCUUCCAGCCAAUGCUCCAAUAGAAGACCGAAGAAGCGCAGCCACUUGCUUGCAGACCAGAGGGAUGCUUCUUGGGGUCUUUGAUGGCCAUGCAGGGUGUGCUUGUGCACAGGCUGUCAGCGAAAGACUUUUUUAUUACAUCGCCGUUUCUCUGUUGCCCCACGAGACUUUACUUGAAAUUGAAAAUGCUGUUGAGAGCGGCAGGGCCUUGUUACCCAUUUUACAGUGGCACAAGCACCCCAACGAUUAUUUCAGUAAGGAGGCCUCCAAACUGUAUUUUAACAGCCUACGAACUUAUUGGCAAGAACUCCUCGACCUCAACACUGGGGAAACAACUGAUGUGAAAGAGGCUUUAAUUAAUGCCUUCAAGAGACUUGACAAUGAUAUCUCUUUGGAAGCUCAAGUAGGAGACCCAAAUUCAUUUCUCAAUUAUCUGGUUCUGCGAGUUGCCUUUUCUGGUGCAACUGCCUGUGUGGCUCAUGUGGAUGGGGUUGAUUUGCACGUUGCUAACACAGGCGACAGCAGAGCCAUGCUUGGGGUCCAAGAAGAAGAUGGAUCGUGGUCUGCGGUUGCCUUGUCCUAUGAUCAUAACGCACAGAAUGAAAGAGAGGUGGAGCGUGUCAGAAUGGAGCAUCCCAAGUCUGAAGAAAAGAGUGCUGUAAAGCAAGAUCGGUUACUAGGAUUGCUGAUGCCAUUCAGAGCUUUUGGAGAUGUCAAAUUUAAAUGGAGCAUUGACCUUCAGAAGAGAGUGAUUGAGUCGGGCCCUGAUCAACUCAAUGACAAUGAGUAUACAAAGUUCAUCCCACCAAAUUAUCAUACUCCUCCUUACCUCACAGCUGAGCCCGAGGUUAUACAUCAUAAACUAAGGCCUCAGGACAAAUUUUUGAUACUGGCAACCGACGGCUUGUGGGAAACCAUGCACAGGCAAGAUGUGGUUAGAAUUGUAGGUGAAUACCUAACUGGUGUUCAUCAUCAACAGCCAAUAGCUGUCGGAGGUUACAAGGUAACUCUGGGACAAAUGCAUGGCCUCUUAACAGAAAGGAGAGCCCGUGUUUCUUCAGCCUUUGAAGAUCAGAAUGCAGCAACUCAUUUGAUACGCCACGCUGUUGGGAACAAUGAGUUCGGCACUGUUGAUCACGAUCGGCUGUCCAAAAUGCUCAGUCUUCCUGAAGAAUUGGCACGGAUGUACAGGGAUGAUAUCACAAUUAUUGUCGUGCAGUUCAAUUCCCAUGUUAUAGGUGCAUGUCAGAAUGAGGAAUUCUAAACUGAGGUGUUGGAACCAAAGUUUUCAAAGAACAACUUGACCAGUACUGUGUGCUCAGCAUAGUAAAACUUAUUCAGUUAAUGUCUGGUCGUUGGCAUUGUAGAGGGAGCAAGUAACCUAAUAACUGUUUGCAAUAGGGGACUUUGGUCAAAAGUUUAUAAAUUAUCAGGAGAACAGAACAACAUAGGACAACGUUGCACUAAUCUCUCUUGAGCAGUGGCUUGUAAUGGGUUACUGUAUUGGGUCGCACUAAAGGCUUCAUAUGCAUCUGUGCAAUGUUCUGUAGAGCAAAAAAAAUCCUUAUGUUUUUCACAUGUAAAUAUAUGUAUAGGUAGCAAUUUCAAUUGCUAUAUGGAAUACUGAAUGACUACAUUGUUGUAAAAGAAUUCGAGUAGGGCUGAUGAUUUUUGUAUUUACGGAAUAACUAGUGUCUUCUCUUCAGGAAAGGAAGGAAACUUUUAAACAAGCUGACAGAUACCUUUAAUUAUUCUCUCUUUGGGUGUUGAAAUCACAGUUGACAAGCUUAACUAGAAUACCAGUGUUAAAUGUGGCAGUCUUGAAGUCAUGAGUGUGCUAAGCCUGCCUACAAGUAUUGGAAAUGCAGUAAUAUUUUGCUUUGAAUGACUUGCCUGCUCCUUACAUCAGCAGGACUUCAUUCUUUUGCACAAAGGACAGCAAACAAUCACUGAAGGAUCAGUUAACUAAGGUAUGAAACUUAUCUUUGGCUUGCUUUGCAAAGCAGACUGUCUUGCAAAAUAUCACACUUUGUUCGCAAGUACCAAACCCUGUCUCGUCAUUAGACUAUGCUCCUUGAACCUAGGCAGUCAGUUGUCAUGUUGUAAAGCAGUGCAGUCUCAUGUUUUGUAGUCUGAAAUAAAGUUUGGUCUUGUGUUCUUGUCCAUAUAUCUUGGUUCCCAUGGAGACAGUUGAACAAGUGUAAUAAAAGUCAUACAUAGGUAACAUUGGCAUGCUAUAGGUUUAAUACUCCCUAGUAAAACUGCAUCAUCAAUGGGAACACCUUGACAAUUCCCUGACUAGUGUGCACAUUUUUACAUCUAAAAUGUCGUAAUUCGUUUUUCUACCAUACAGAACUCCUCUGAAAUUGUCAGGAAAAUCAAAACUCUUUUCUCAAUAGCCACAGUUCUUGAGCAUGUGCAUAAAAUUGAAGAUUUUCCAAACGUGCAUCAAAACGGUUGCAUUUUACAUACAGCCAGAUUGACAUUGAUCUGUUUUGAAACGCUGGUAGGUUAGCCAGAGUUCUUUCCAUCUGAGCACAAAGUACUUGUAGAUGAAGAUGGACAAAAUCUGCUUUUUCGUAUCAACACUACCAUGUUUCUGUGGGUCUGUCUAUCAUGCUGAUAACGGUAGGUUCUUCAGCUGCUAUGUUCUAAAGAGUCAGUCAACUUGGCAAUAUGGAUGUUUUAAAGUGAAGGAAUAUUUGUUUGCAAACAGAACUAUCUGAAGCACUUUUUUAGCACUAAUACUCCAUUUUGCUUUUUUUAAAACACUGAAUUUUGUACUUGUAUAUAAAGUAACAAAUGUGGAGAUGCAGGUAACAAAGGUAAUCACAUGCUUCCUGAUUAAAGGUGGUGUUGGUACUUUGUACACUUUUUGCGAAAUCUGAAUCAAGCUAACCUCAGAAUACCGGAGUCUUUGGAGGCUACCUCCUGUCGUAAUGGUGGUCUUUCCAGUCUCUGUCCAAGAAGCGUAGUUAUUCAGCUAUCCUUGGCUCACAUUUUUCCAGAUACCCUCGCCCCCAAAUGUUCAUCUUAUUGUUGGUGAAAGUCUAAUCUCUAGCAGCUUAAUUGUUACUCCCUUUGUAGAUGAUAUAUAACUAAAUAUCACUAGGUGAAAAAAAAUUUGUAUGCUGGCUAUAAAAUAAACUUACAUUAUCUAGAUUUCCUUUUUUAACGUCUGAAACGUACAAUACGUAAAUGUCUCAUUUGCAUUUGGUACUUCAGAAAUGGGACUAUGGUCCUAUAGGUUCAGCACUUAGGAGGGCUAACUUUGUAACAUGAGAGAGCAAAGAUGGGAUUAAAUGAAACAUUAUUUAUAUGUUGUUAGACUCCCUAUCCAGGUAUUCAAUUAAAAUGGUAUUGUGGCUUUCUGAACAUCACAAAAUAUAUGGCCUAAUAUCUUUUAGCUGACUUCAAUAAACUCUAUUACGGAAA